AUGGGACAGCUUGCCCUGGACUCCCUCUUCUGUCUCCCAACUGGUGUGAGUGCUACGUUGCAGCAAACCAGCUUCGACUGUGCAGUUGAGGACAAGGCGCCAGGGGGUGGUGGAGCAACAGCGUGGGGAGAACCCGGGGCCCUUAAUGGCCUCGAGCAGCAGAACCCCUUCUCCAGCCUGGACUGCUCGUCUCUGGACUGUGAACGCAGACGGACAGCUUCCGACCGCAAGAAUUGUUGGAGCCCACAUAUCAACAUUGCCGUGGUAGAGACACCCAGGGUAGAGGGAGCAGAAACAGGUUGUGUCCAAGACAGCCACCUGGAGCGGCAGAUGGGCUUGAUCCUGGAGAAGCUGGAGAAGACGCAGGGCUCCUCUGGGAUGAGGAAGAGCGGGAGCCCCGGCCACUUCCGCUCCCGGCGGCCCCGGGACCGGAAGCGGAAGUACUCGGCGGCGGCGCGGCGCGCUGCGGUGGGAGUGUCUCCGGGCCGUCUGCAGGAGACCGAGGAGACUGGGGGUGUGGACACCAAAGCCGGGGGGGUGGUGGGCUUCAAGAUGGAGGAAUUGGAUGACCGAACGUAUCGGCUGGAUCCCCACUGCGGAGGGAGGUCACUGGUGAUCCUGAAACAGGGUCUUUACCGCUGCCAUCAAGGGAGGGCGCCUCCUGAGACCUUAAACCCUGGCGCUGGUGUCAUGGAAUCAGUCACCGUGGAGGAUGUGGCGGUGGGCCUCAGCCAGGAGUGGGCGUUGCUGGACGGUGCGCGGCGGCACCUGUGCGGACACCUGACCCUGGACAGCUGCCAGGCCCUGGCCUCCUGGGGGCCUGCGCCGUGCAGACCCAGUCUGGGCUCCCGGGUGGGGCCAGGAGAGCUGAGGGCCGCAGCACGAGGCAUUCUCCGCGCCGCGGGUGUGGACUGUGAAUCUCAGCUUAAACCCAAAGCAUCUACUCCUGAGCGGGUUAUUUUGGAGGAAAAUUCACCACGUGACAUGCACAUGGGGCCAGGGCUAGACCCGAGGAUGCAGAUCAGGCCUGAGAUGGGAGAGAGGGGGACACCUUCGGUUCCAGAGGACCGGCCAGCUCUCUGGGAGUCGCCUUGGUCUUCUGGAUACACAGGGCUGAAGGCGGCUGUGCGGAUUCAGAGGGUGGUCAUGCCUGUACCUGCGCUGGGCCUCCCCGGCCUGUGGGUGGCCGGUGGUUCUGCUCUCCCUGCUCAGGGCCCCACAUGGUUCUGGGAGGAGCGCGCAGAGGAAGAAGCCACAGCUCCUGGGGUGCUGACCCCCUGUCCACGGGAACCGGUCACCUUCGCGGAUGUGGCAGUGCUCUUCACCCCAGAAGAAUGGCUGUUUCUAGACUCUGCUCAGAGAAGCCUAUACCGAGACGUGAUGCUGGAGAACUACAGGAACCUGGCCUCCGUGGGAGAUCAGCUGUGCCCGCCCAGUGCCUUUUCCCAUUUGGAGCAAAGAGAAGAGCUGUGGACCACCGAGAGGGGACUCUUCCUAGGAGGCCGCCCAGGCUCUCAACUUCAAGAUUCAAUUCCUAACCAAGAUAUUUUUGUGGCGAUUCCAUCCAUCGGCGUGAAAAGGGAGCAACCUCAGACUGGAGAAAAGCUCUAUAAAUAUCAUGAACUUGGGAAACCCUUUAACGUCAAACCACUUUUUCAGUGCCAGAGGAUUCAUGCUGGCGGGGACCCCUAUGAAUGCCCAGAGAAUGGAAAGUCCUUCCUCCAGACCGCUCACCUGCUCAUGCCUGAGAGGAUCCGUAGUGGGGACAAGACCUACGCGUGUGACAGGUGUGAGCGAUCCUUCAGAUACAGCUCUGACCUUCUGCGGCACGAGAAGACUCACACCACGGAGAAGUGCUUCGAGUGCCAGGAAUGCGGGCAAGCCUUCAAGUAUUCCUCGAACCUGCGGCGGCACAUGAGAGUGCACACGGGAGAGAAGCCCUUCGAGUGCAGUCAGUGUGGGAAGACCUUCACCAGGAACUUUAACCUGAUUUUGCACCAGAGGAACCACACGGGCGAGAAGCCCUACGCUUGUGGGGACUGUGGGAAGGCUUUUAACCAGCCGUCCUCCCUGCGGAGCCACGUGAGAACGCACACUGGAGAGAAGCCCUUUGCGUGCAGUCAGUGUGGGAAGGCCUUCAGGGAACACUCGUCGCUGAAGACGCACCUGCGCACUCACACCAGGGAGAAGCCCUACGCGUGCAGCCAGUGUGGGAAGCCCUUCCGGACGAGCACCCACCUGAACGUCCACAAGAGGACCCACACGGGGGAGAAGCUGUACGAGUGUGCCACGUGCGGGCAGGUCCUGAGUCGGCUCUCAACCCUCAAGAGUCACAUGCGAACGCACACCGGAGAGAAGCCGUACGUGUGCCAGGACUGCGGGCGAGCCUUCAGUGAGCCCUCGUCGCUCAGGAAGCACGCGAGGACCCACACGGGCAAAAAGCCCUACGCGUGCCAGGAGUGCGGGCGCGCCUUCGGCCAGUCUUCACACCUCAUUGUGCACGUGAGGACGCACUCUGCGGGGAAGCCCUUCGCGUGUGAUCAGUGUGAGAAAGCCUUCAGACACAGCUCUUCACUCACUGUGCACAAAAGGGUCCAUGCUGGGAGAGGAGAUGUGAGGCAUGGCGGCCUGCCUGUAUCGGGGUCUCCUCCAUGCGGCGGGCCCCUUGCUAGUUAA